UAAGAAGAAUGAUGUUAGUUUAUAGCACAAGAAGAAAAAGCAACCGCCCCCUUUGUCGCUAGUCAGUGCUAGUGGCCUCAAUGGAUCAGAAGAUUCCCUAUGACGACUACCAGCUCCCGGUGGUCUUCCUGCCCUCUUACGAGAACCCACCAGCAUGGAUUCCUCCUCAAGAGCGAAUUCGCCACCCUGACUACAACAACGAGCUGACCCAGUUCCUGCCCCGCACAGUGGUCUUGAAGAAACCCCCUGGAGCGCAACUCGGCUUCAACAUCCGUGGUGGCAAAGCCUCGCAACUGGGAAUCUUCAUAUCCAAGGUGGUCCCGGACUCUGACGCCCACCGAGCGGGACUGCAGGAAGGAGACCAAGUUCUUUCCGUCAACGAGGUGGACUUUCAAGACAUAGAACAUUCCCGAGCAGUGGAGAUUCUCAAAACUGCGCGAGAAAUCCUGAUGAGGGUCCGCUUCUUCCCUUACAAUUACCAGAGGCAGAAGGAGAGGACCGUCCACUAGGUGGCGGCAGAGAGACACUAUCAUGUUUUCGUGCCAUUGACGGUGAUAGACAUCCAAUCCCGGAUCAAACGGAUCGGACGUUUAUCGCAGUCAAUGACUUAAUGUAGCUCUUGCAGUCAAACAACUAUAUCAAUGCAAAUAUUCAUUUUUCAGUUUGCAAUUAUGAAUUAAUAUCUGAGAAAAUAUAUGAUCUUAUAUGGAAAAAUUAGUCUGUGGGAAAUGUAAAUAUGAAGGUAAGUUGCACAGCGGGACCUUUCUGUGAAAGUGAACUAAGCCAGUAUAGCAAUGCAUUGCUCUGCAUGCAGUUUUAAAGUUUUCUAAGUAGGCAUGGGCUGAUAACAGAUUCUGAAGGUAUGAUAAUCGUGAGCGAAACUGUCGUGAUAACCAAUGGAAUGGAAGAUGCUCGACAUCCAAUCUAUGUCGACUGGAAGGAGCAAAUGAAUUCGUUCAUUCGCUCCUUCCAGUCAAAAUGGAUUGGUCGUCGAGCACAGUGAAUGGCAGCGAAUGUGUUAAAAUAUGUACAGCCAAAAAGCAAAAAAAAAAAAAAAAAGUUGAUUUUGCGUACUUAGCCCAUACCUAAUUUUAAGCAGAUGACAGCCUUACUACAUUUUUGCCAAUAUUUGUGACGUAUCAUGUGUGAUUUGCUUGAUCCUGAAAAUGGAUUUGUUGUCAAAUAUUUUCAACACAUUAAAAUUUUGAAUGGUAA